GAACAUUAUAGUUUCAUUAAACUCAAUAGGACUCUUGCACAAAGGAAAUGUUGAAAUUCUUUUUUUCUGCAGAAAGUCCACUCUCUACCCCAGAAUGCCCCUCCCUGAACACAUUCUGAUUAUGCUGCUACAGUUGUCCUUCCUCAGUAGGGAGUCUUACAUUUGGGGGGCAAAACCAUCCUCUCAGCCUUAAGGGAAUUCAGUUUUAAUUUUCUCACACACAUAGAGACAACAGAAUACCGGACAAGGCAGAUGCCAGCACCAGUAGCUAACAGCCUGUGUGCAUGAUACACCCAUCGAGCAGUUGUGAUCAUUGGAGGACUCCUGGCUUUCUCAGGGAUGACAUUCAGGUCUUUUGGUUUCAACACUGUCUGGAUGUAUACAACUACUGGCUUCCUACCAGGUGUGACCAAAACCAGUCCUACAAAAUGCCCAAAGGAGAUCACCAAAGAGAUGCCAUCUUCAGUAGAGGAAAGCAAUAUACUUAUCUUGCAGCAGAAGAAGCUGCAGGUAUUGGAAUCCUUGUGGUGGUUCUUGCAGUUUUAUUGAUCAUUGGCUGCUGGUAUUACAAAAGGCGAUGUGGCUAUAAAAACCUUCGGAGUAAAAGCUCACAUGCUGGCACUAUGAGAAGAGUGGCAGGUGAAGAUGCCCCACUGGAUUGCAAAGCACUUUUACAGGAGUACAGCAACUUUAAUUCUGUGGUACCUGAUGCUCCACCAGCAUAUGACAAAGUCUCUGCAGAUCCAUUGCCACCACCUUACUCACCAUGAUGUUGAGUCAGUCUUAAACUCCAGGAAUACAAAUUGAUUCUCUUUGUGCUUUUGCUUAAACUCAUGUGCAAACCUAGCAUUCUUUAUGGGUAAACUGUAAUAAUAAAGUAUACAUUUCCAUGAA